GGUCAUAUGUUCUGGAACGCCAUUGUACGGCAUGGUUAUCCCGGGCAACCUUCUGUUUGCUUCAUUCCGCGAGAGACUUCACCGCGGACGGACGUUCUCUUGAAGAGCUCCGCAGUCUCAGUGUUCCACACAGUUACGAUCUUGACCGACACUAUCCAACGAUGUCUGACAGUCAGGCCGAGUCACCUGUGGUUGGCACAGCAUGCGCCAUCGCAGGUAGACUCGCUCACCGGCGCGACGCCUGGAGGAAGUUGUGCGAAAACCGGGCCAAGCGGCUGCCAGCGAUGGACGAAGCCGUGAAGCCCACCAUUCUGUUUCAGGAAGGACCCAGCCCAGCGGAGGAGGACAGCAGUGCCGUGGACAGCCCAGCAGAGACGGAGGACUCGGAAUCGGAGUAUGCUUCAGCCCAGGACAACAGCCCAGCAGAGAACAGCAGUGCCGUGGACAGCCCAGCAGGGGAGGACAGCAGUGCCGUGGACAGCCCAGCAGGGGACAGCAGUGCCGUGGACAGCCCAACAGAGGACAGCAGUACCGUGGACAGCCCAGCAGGGGACAGCAGUGCCGUGGACAGCCCAGCAGAGGACAGCAGUGCCGUGGACAGCCCAGCUGAGGACAACAGUGCCGUGGACAGCCCAGCUGAGGACAACUACGAAGCAGAUGAUGAAGCAGAGGACAGCAGCGAGGAAGAAGCUGACUCCAGCGAGGAAGAUGAUGACACCAGCCAGGAAGAAGAUGUAGAGGAGGAAUCCAGCCGGGAGGAGACAGACUCUGCCAGCCAGGACAGCAGUGGUGUCAGCAGCCUCUAUGACUUCACCAGCCAAGACGAGACCGCCAGCCGAGACGAGACCGCCAGCCGAGACGAGACCGCCAGCCGAGACGAGACCGCCAGCCGAGACGAGACUGCCAGCCGGGACGAGACCGCCAGCCGGGACGAGAGCUACAGCAGUGGUGUCAGCAGCUUCUAUGACUACACCAGCUGGGACCAGGAGUCUAGCAGUCUCUCCUCAGAUGGAUCGGAAAGUACUUCAGGAAAGAAGAGGAGGAAGUGGUGGAAGAGGUUCUUCUGCUGCUGCAGCAGACAGGAGGCCUCCGACGAUGAGUUUGACUAGAGAAUGCGGUGAGUAAGAUUGGUUUUAUUUGUU